AUGGAGUACAAAGCAAACUUCAACUCAAAGGAAACUAUGGAGCAAAUUAGAAUCCAAAAUCCUACGUGGGAUCAUUACCCCGGAAUUUGGUAUUCUGGUGCUACUCCGAAGUUUACUUUUGUCACAUGGCUCUCGGCAAAGAACAGACUCUCAACGGGUGAUAGAAUGGAACGCUGGAACUGCAAUGCACACACGGGAUGCUCAUUCUGCAGUGAGCCAAAAGAAACCCGAGAUCAUCUCUUCUUCUUAUGCCCCUUUACGAAGGAAAUAUGGAAUAAUCUGGUGGGAGGAACACGGAAACAGAGCUUCACAGUUGUGUGGGAGGAGAUUAUGAUAUGGAUAAUUAAACCUCCAUACGACAAUAUUACAACCUUCCUACUCCGUUACACUCUUCACACAGCGAUCUACCACAUUUGGUGCGAAAGAAACAAUAGGAGGCACAAAGAAACACCAGUGGAUCAGAAAAGACUCAAGAAGAUGAUCGACGUGACGGUGAAAAACAGAAUAAGCUCGUUGAGGGAGCUAGGGAGGAAGAAGUAUGGGGAAGGCCUGACUACAUGGUUCGCAACUCGCACAACAUAG